GGCGGGGGGCGGGUCUUGCGCUGACGUCACGCCGUUAUCGCCGACGCUGUCAGUCGUCCUUCUCUCUCCUCCAGGCUCGAUGGCUCUGCUGAAGUCCGCUAUGUUGUCCGGGGCCCCUCGCUUCCAGCCCUGCCUGGGGGCCCUGCAGACUAGAGCCAGCUCCUGGUGGUCUCACGUUGAGAUGGGCCCCCCUGACCCCAUCCUUGGUGUGACAGAAGCUUUCAAGAGGGACUCCAACCCUAAGAAGAUGAAUCUGGGUGUUGGGGCGUAUCGUGACGACAGCGGGAAGCCCUAUGUCCUCAGCAGCGUGCGCAAGGCCGAGGCGCAGAUGGCAGCCAAGCACCUUGAUAAGGAAUACCUUCCCAUCGGUGGACUGGCAGAAUUUGCCCGUGCGUCCGCCCAGCUGGCGCUGAGUGAUAACUCUGAGGUCAUCCAGAGCGGACGGUAUGUCACCGUACAGACCAUCUCCGGAACAGGAUCCCUGCGAGUCGGUGCGAACUUCCUGCAAAGAUUCUACAAGUUCAGUCGUGACGUGUAUCUUCCCAAACCCUCCUGGGGGAACCACACCCCGAUAUUCCGUGACGCGGGGCUGGAGCUUAAAGGCUACCGGUACUAUGACCCCAAGACGUGUGGGUUUGACUUUGCGGGCGCUCUGGAUGAUCUAUCGAAAGCCCCGGAGCAGAGCAUCAUCCUGUUCCACGCCUGCGCCCACAACCCCACUGGUGUGGACCCCAAGAAGGAGCAGUGGAAGGAGCUGGCGGCUGUGGUCAAGAGUCGCCGCCUCUUCCCGUUUUUUGACAUGGCGUACCAAGGCUUCGCCAGCGGAGACACUGACAAAGAUGCUUGGGCGGUGCGCCACUUUAUCCAGGAGGGGCUCAAUGUUGUGUUGUCCCAGUCAUACGCCAAAAACAUGGGCUUGUAUGGUGAACGUGUCGGGGCUUUCACCGUGGUCUGCAGUGAUGCUGACGAGGCCAAGAGAGUGGAGUCCCAGCUGAAGAUCCUCAUUCGUCCCAUGUACUCCAAUCCACCGCUCAAUGGAGCCAGAAUAGCAGCCGCCAUCUUGACCCAGCCGGACCUCCGCAGCGAGUGGUUGCAGGAGGUGAAGGGAAUGGCCAACCGUAUCAUCAGCAUGCGGGAGCAGCUGGUGUCCAACCUGAAGAAGGAGGGCUCCAUCCACAGCUGGCAGCACAUCAGCGACCAGAUCGGCAUGUUCUGCUUCACCGGCCUACGGCCCGAACAGGUUGAGCGUCUCAUUAAGGAAUUCUCCAUCUACAUGACCAAAGAUGGCCGCAUCUCGAUGGCGGGUGUCACGUCAGGGAACGUCGGUUAUCUCGCACACGCUAUCCACCAGGUCGCCAAGUGAGGGGGACGCCGGAGACCCCUGCACCCCGUGUCUGAUCCCGGAGGAGAGGGGGUGCCCGCAGAUGCUGCUGUAUAUGGAGGGCUCCUCCUGGGAGAUUGGGCAGGGGAGCUCUGAAUGCACGGCUUUCAAUAAAGUCCAUCUUGAGUCUUCA